AUGGUGCCAGGUGGGACACAAGAACCUGCUGGGGAAAGCCAAAAAGACACAGAGACGGAGCAAUCGGCGCCAGCCUGCAGUGAGGACGGCGGUGGCAGCGCCCUGGGAAGGGCAGGUGUGGGCAAGAGCAGCUUGCUGUUACGAUUUGCAGACAACACCUUCUCAGGCAGCUACAUCACCACAAUCGGAGUGGAUUUCAAGAUCCGGACUGUGGAGAUCAAUGGGGAGAAGGUGAAGCUGCAGAUCUGGGACACGGCGGGGCAGGAGCGCUUCCGUACCAUCACCUCCACGUACUAUCGGGGGACCCAUGGGGUCAUUGUGGUUUACGACGUCACUAGUGCCGAGUCCUUUGUUAAUGUCAAGCGAUGGCUUCAUGAAAUCAACCAGAACUGUGACGAUGUGUGCCGAAUAUUAGUGGGUAAUAAGAAUGACGAUCCUGAGCGGAAGGUGGUAGAGACAGAAGACGCCUACAAAUUUGCUGGGCAGAUGGGGAUCCAGCUCUUUGAGACCAGUGCCAAGGAGAAUGUCAACGUGGAAGAGAUGUUCAACUGCAUCACAGAGCUGGUUCUACGAGCAAAGAAAGACAACUUGGCAAAACAGCAGCAGCAGCAACAGAACGAUGUGGUGAAGCUCACGAAAAACAGUAAACGAAAGAAACGCUGCUGCUAAUGGGCCAGUCCACUGCAGAGACUGCACUGCACCCUCCCCAGCCCGAGGCCUCGGAGGCUCCUCGGGGGACAGUCUCAGUUUAGUGCCGUUAUUUAAAGAAUUCUCUCCACGUUUUUUGUACCGGGAGGCGCCAUCGGCACUUCCUCCCCUUUCCCCUUGAGUGCCAAGAAGGUGUUGGACGAGCCUGCCCUUCCCACUGGUGCCCACCUCCCUGCUGAGGCGCCUGGACCUGUCGAGGACGCUGCCAGCCGAGCGGACUGAUUAACCAGUUUGUACAUAGUGUAUAUUGCAUUAACCAGCUGCACACCCUCAGCCUGCUCUGGCUUUUGCCUCCUUCCUGCCAACCUGCUGCAACAGACCCUCCCGAGCCCUCCUGUCCCGUCUCGACGGCAGCUUCCCGAGGAGCCAGCCUCAUGUCCUAGCUGAGUCUUUGGCCAACCUGGGCCCGUGGAGUGCACUCUACACGGCUCCUGACCUCUGGGAGCUGGGGAACCUGGCCUCCACACAGGCCCUGCCCUCGGCUGGCCCUGGCCCUCAGUUCCACAGAGGAAGUCAGUCUUGCCCAUUUGGCCAACAGGUUUCUCAUUCUGCCUUCUAGAUGCCUCUGCUACAAACCCAGGGGAGCUGUGGCUUCUCUCACUUACCCACUAUGUUUCAGUUCCAGCAGAAAGGUAGGGGUACCGGUGUUCAGAGAUGGAGCUUGCAAGGGGGAGCCUUAUUGUAACAGACGGAGCCAAGUGAAGCCAAAUGAAGCGAAUUAAGUUCCUCAGUUAUUUCCGUGAGACGACCUGUUUGGCUCACUAGCAAAAGUUGUGAUGUCCCACUUUGGGUCCAGUGCUUUUAGAAAAGGUGUGUGGCUUCUGGUCACUGCGGGGUCAGGCUCUUUCCCUUUCAUGGGGAGAGAGCAACUUUGUACCCUUGCUCCCGUGUGUGCAAGGGCCUCCCAGGGGAGCCAGUUUGAAAUGUGGUCCCAGGCACCUCCGGCACACGCAGGGGGUGCUGGGUAUGGGAGGACACCUCCGAGCGGGGACAGGCACCUUUGCGUGACUGACAGACCUGUUUAGUAUGAAGGCGGGAGGAAGUUUCUUGGCCACUGGGAAGAAGUGGCAGUGGGGUGGGGGGCAGCCAGUAUUGACCCCCCCCCCAGUCCCCUGGAGUAAAAAUCAGGGUAAUCUACAUUUGAUUACUUCCCCCUUCCCCCAGGACACUUGGUUCCCUUUCCCCUAAAGGAUCACGUAACUGGGAAGAACUGAUUUGGACACCAUGAUGUGUUUUAGAUUUCCUUUCCUAGGCGAUUUCCAGGCAGUCCUGACCGGACAAUCAUCACAGAUUACUGCAGAUUUUCCAUGUUAACACUGUGGACGGGUUUUUAAUCAAUAAAACUGGGGCUUUCUUCUCA